AUGUACAAGCAUUCGGCUGCUCCGUCGGGAACCCCGUCUGUCGGAGGUUUCGGAGUUCCCGGUGUCGUUGUGAACGCCAUUCAGGGGUCGCUGUCCUUGGACACGGAGGACGAAAACAACUGCACCAAAAUUUUACCUGGCACGCACUGGGCUGCAUGGUGGCCAGUACGGUGCAAGACUCGGAAGACGAAGGAAUUUCUCCGCGGCGAGCGAAAAGAUCUCUGCGAUGCCACGGAAGACGCCAAGACAGCCCACGCACAAGCCAGAAAAGCCGGCGCGAAGAAGCGGAAACGCGACAGAAAAGCCCAGGCGAAGAAGGGGUCCGGGGCGGAUGCGGACGGCGACCUAGAGCUCGCCGACUCUACGGUCACAAGCAUCCAGGCAAGCAAAGAAUGUACCCCGACUGGGUGA